AUGAGGCCUAAUCGUCUUCUGAGACAUUUUUCAACCAAACAUGUCUCUUUUAAGGAAAAACUUAAAGAGUUUUUCGCUGCAAAAUCUCAGAAAUUAAAGUGCAUGAAGUUAGAUAGCACUGGAUCUGCUGCUCAGUCAUCUCAUAGGAAGCUUCAAGCAGCUUCCUAUGAAUUAUUUGUUCUUAUUGCUAAGGAAACGAAAAGUCACACUAUUGGUGCAACGCUUGUUAAACCGUGUCUUUUAAAAGCAGCCGAUGUUGUCCUUGGAACUGAUAGUAGGAAAAAGCUAUCACAAAUACCACUUUCAGACAACACCGUAAAACGCCGAAAUGAUGAUAUGGCCGAGGACAUUAAAAACCAGGUGGUUGAUGCAAUAAAAAAAUUCACGUUUUUUGUUAUCCAGCUUGACGAGAGUACAGACGUAGCACAAUGUUCUAAUUUGAUUGUAUAUGUUCAUUACAUUGAAAAUGAAAGAAUGAAGGAUGAACUGAUGUUUUCUACUGAGCUGUUGACCACUACUAAAGCUGUAGAUGUGAUGAAAGCAGUAUCAGACUUUUUUGAGAAACACGUACGUUCUUGGCAAAAACUUAUUGGUGUAUGCACAGAUGGUGCUCCAUCAAUGCUCGGUUCUCGCUCAGGCUUUGUGCAAUUGGUUAAAGAGAAGAAUGCUGACUUGGUUGGGAUUCAUUGUUUUAUUCAACGUCAAACCUUGGCAGCAAAAACGCUUCCAAACGAACUCAAUGCUGUUUUAAAGCUAUGUAUUACAGUAGUCAACUACGUAAAGAACAGUGUAUCAAAUACUCGACUGUUUAGAAGUCUUUGUGUAGAUUUAGGAAGUGACAACAAAACGCUACUAUUUCAUACAGAAGUACGAUGGCUAUCGAAAGGCAAUAUGUUGGGAAGACUAUUUGAGCUCCGUGAUGGAGUGGUUACGUUUUUGGCACUGCAUAAACAAAACGAGCUUAGUGCAGAGUUCAAAAAACCCAGUAACCAAGUGAUUUUGGCCUAUUUAUCAGACUUUUUUGACACUUUAAACAACCUAAACUUUAGACUGCAAGGUGCAGACUCAAAUAUAGUAACACAUCGGGUUGCCAUCAAGAUGUACGUUGAGAAACUACACCUUUGGAUACGUAAAGUGUCAAUGAACCCCAGCAUCUAUUCAAGUUUCAGCAAAGUAGUGUCAGUCUCAGAAGAAGCAUGUUUUGAGGACGUUUUUGAAGGACCGCUUUUGAAAAACUUGAUAAUUGACCAUUUGAAGAACCUCAAGGAGAAGUUCAGCAGGUACUUUCCUAACUUGUCAGAGGAGUUUUACAAACUAUCAACCGACCCGUUCAACAUGGACAUACAGUUGCUGCCAGAAGAAUUGCGAGAGAAAGGAGUAGAAAUAAAAAAUGACUCUGCUGCAAGAUACGAUUUUGAAAAAAUGGACAAGCUCCCAUUUUGGUUAAAGUACUGA